AUGUCUAUUCGUUCGUUGGUCUCUGGGGCCUUUCUGGCCCUGACAGUCAGAGCACAAGUUCAAAACUCCAGCUGUGCCACUGAUUGCCGAAUACUGAUGCCGGAUGCCACAGUAUGGAUGUGGACACCGGAUGAACGCUGGGGGGCGUAUGACAGGACCAUCUCCGAUGUAACCGCAAUCGCUACAGUGAUCACAGUCAUAAACACCGCACUUGACGUCACCAGCACAAUUACCAGUUUCCCAUCUGGAUUCAUCCCACCGGAAACGAAUGCGGGAGGGACACGCGUUAGGACUAUCACAUAUACUCGAUCUUCCAAGGCCAGCGUUACCAUCGUCGCGUUUCCAACCCCAUUCAUUGCGUGGCCAGACGAAUACGGCUGGGAUGGAACACUCGAUAUCCGCAACGGGAGUAGCACCCAAUGUUCCACGGGCACCAAAGAUUCUGGUCGGCCCUACGGGCCAACAACGAGAAUCACCACCAAUCCGCAGCCGACAUCAGGAUCUCUCUUUCCAAAAAAUGUAACGGAUCCGAGUGGACUCUCAUAUGACUUUAUCCCUGCAGGCGUUGAACAAACUCUAUUCGAAUCGUGGAACCGGGUCGUGGAGCUUUUUCCUGAUCAACAGGCGAUAAAUGUCUGUAGACCUGGUGGGGCUGGCCCAAACCUGGGAAAUUUUGUCGCAACACGAUGGCUUACGACAAAUCAUUUUGUCCACCGAAAGUCAGCCGAGGAGACCUCUCAGCCUAGCUCAACGGCGGCGGCCAACACAGACAAUGCAAAGUCGAGUACCCCACCUACCGGUGCUAUGCACACACAACCAGCUUCUUUAGUAGUUACAUCUACAAACAACGGUGGAUCAACUAUCUUAGAGACCUUCGCGGUCCACACAGCCUCGCUCUCUUCAGUUGUCACUACUACAGACGAUAUGGACUUGCCAGUCACCAGAACCAUCGCAAUACCAGCAUCGUUGGCCUUUGAGGUCAUUACGACGACCGACAAGUUUGGGUCGAAGAGUAUGUACACUCUUGCUACAUAUGUACCGUAUUCAUUACCAUCUUCGGUGAUCACAACCACAGAUGCAGCUGGUGCAAGCGUAACAACAACUGUAGCAGCAACGCCAACGGGCACGACUAGACGAGAAAACUCUCCAAGUUCUAUUGUUAGCUCCUCAGGAAGUUCUCCGAGCUCCCAAUUCGGGGCUCCCAUGGCACAGCACUCAUGGUAUUUGUUUAUUUUGCCGGCAGUCGUACUCGUGUUGUCUGUGUGCUUCACACAGUAG